CACUGGUUCAGUUAACUUAACGCAGCGUCCCUCUCCGCCUCGGGCAGAGAACGCCACGACUGUUGCUCGGUGUGUUCAGCUCUGGAGACGGCUGCGCCCUCGCUCUGUUUGUCGGAUUUAACAACUUACCGUUCAGUUAUUAAUUACCCGCCGGAACUCACUUAGUAACUCACCGGAAAAAUGAAUGGCAAGUCAGCGAACGGUACGGCGGGGGGAAUGGCCUGUAUCGAAGGUCUGCCGCCGCUGCCGAAGAGUCUGAGCGGGCUGCUGAACUCGAGCGGCGGCUCGUGGAGAGAAAUGGAGAGGAUGUACGUGAAGAAAACCAUGAUCCAGGACGACCUGAGCCGAGGCAGGAACAACGCCGACAGCCUGCUGGCCAGCAAGCCGGCCAACCUGGACGCUGCCCUGGCUCUCCUGCGGAAAGAAAUGGUGGGUCUGCGUCAGCAGGACAUGUCGCUGCUGUGCCAGCUCUGGUCCCUGCACGAGUCCAUCCAGGAGUACAAGGGCAGCUGCCACGACCUGAGCGCCGCCUCCAGCCUCAGCAUGAUGGAGAACGGCUACUUCGACGAGGACGACGAGUUCUACGCGGAGCCCGGCGCCACGCCCACCGGCGACCACCCGGGCGCCGGGGACGUCGCCGACGGCAACGCCUCCUCAUCGGCGGCCAAAAACGGCAAGGAGGACAGCUGGGAGUCCUUCAACGUCGCCAUCUGAGGCUUCGAUCUGCGCGGGUUUUUUCUGCAGACGGAUCCAUGUUUUUUAGGGGGCGGAGCUAAGCUGUGAGAAGAGUGUGGCUGGUUGCCGACGGCAACGGACUGCCAAAGAGGAAUCCUGUCCGUCUGCAGAGCUGAGAUCACCUGGACUCCUUUACUCAGCUGCCAGUCACUCACUUUCUUUUUCUUUUUUACAUAAUCAAAAUAUAUGAACAAAGUUUUAUUAUUUAUUACAUAAUAUAAAUAACAAAGUAUUCUUUUUUUUAUUAUUCUUUUUGCUCUCUUUGGAAGUUUUGUACAAAAGGUACAGGCAGAAAAGUUGGACUUCAAACCUGAAGGGUGGGAUUUUUUUUAUUUUUAAAGGCAUUUCCGACUCUUCAGUAACAGGAAGAGGAACUUUACAUCGGUAAAAUGUUUUUCAGGUGAGAUCCUCCUUCCAGUAAACGGAGCAGAGCUGGUUUCCUGUGCAGGGAGGAUUCGUGCAACAUUUUAUGGUCAGUGUAGCGUCCGUUCUCUGCGGUUACAACCAGCGUUUACUGAGCAGAACUUCACUCAAAACUUUAAAGUAAAACCUGUAAUCAUGUUUCUGUUUUGCACGUUCGAGCUGCAAUGUUGGCAUAUUCCUGAAAUGUGAUGUUUGGUGGGAAGUCGGAGCAGAAUUAGCAGAAAUCAACCUUUCUUUGUGGCCUUGCUAUUUGAACAUCGUAUUUCACUGUCUACAUCCAGCUAAACCUCUUUUUCCUUCUGGAACUGUAGUGAAAGGUUUAGGGCUGGGCGAUAAAUCGAUUUGAUCAUUUUUGAGGAUUUAAUUCUUGGAAAAUUCUGGAUUUUUGCCACUAAUUCACUCAUCAGGUUUCCGUAAUUCUGAGUGAUAUCAGGGCGGCCAUCUUUGUUUGACAAGCUUGUUUACAGAUUAUUCAACUGCAUGAUUAAAUAUUAGGACCAAGCUUCAGUUUAUUUGUUUUUAAUUAACAGAGUCGUAUUACAGUAGAUUUGGAAAUAAUACAAAAAUAAAGUCGUAAUUUUGUGAGAAAUUUGAAAUAAAGAUGAGCAUUUUGUGAACUUAUAAAUUAACAGCACCAGGAUUUUGAAACAAUCAAAUCCUGGUUGCUCUGAAGCUUUUCCCUCAUUAAAGCAACUCUUUUCCUCACAAUUUUAAGUUGUUUUUUCUGAUAAAAUAUUGUCUUUUUUUCUUCUGAUUACAUUCUGAUAAAUAAAAAAUUUCCAAAUACGCCGUCGUACAACUCAGAAACCGGGAAACUGAAAAUUUCUGUAAGUGAGCAAAACAACAAAAUUGAUGAAAAUCAGAUCUGGGAUGAAAAAAGUCAGAUUUGAUCUUUAAGCCAUAUCGCCCAGCUCUAAGACGGAGGGACUUUAUAUUAAAAAAAGUUUAAUUUAUGGGGAAUUUCUGUAAAUCUGCCUUAUUUCAGACGUAAAUGUUUGUCGACGAACACAUUCUGGAUUGAUUUGCUCGGUCUUCCUUCUUCUGUAGCGCGUAAAGUCGCAGUUCUUCCAGGUCAGGCGGCCAUUUUGGUUUUUUACCUGUCGGUCACAGACCAAUGGCGGUCCUGCUCUCUGCAUUGUAUUUAGUUAAAGGUGCUGAAUGAAUUAUCUCAUCUAAAGAAUGUUUUUAAAGUUACUCUUCAGUCAAACAAGCAGUUUUCUCUUCACAAACACUAAAUUUAUGAAAAUAAGAUUUAUUAAAUCUUCGUAUUUGCUUGUUUUUUUUAUGGCUGCUGGUCAUUUCACCUCAAAGCCGUUUCAUUUUCUGUCAGUUUUGGUCAUUUCAUACCGGAAAAUGGCCGUAGGUCAUUUCAUAUCAAGUCAUUUUUCAUUUACUUACCUGCAAAGAAAUGAGUUUUAUCGACUCCAAUCAACAAUUUAAAAACAUUUUAGCAUUUUAAAUCUCAGUCUUCCUUAUCAUCAUGUUGGAAAACAAACUUCAAAAUGGCUGCCACUUGUUAAAAUCUAAUUUUUCUCGAGCUUUUGCAAGAAUCUAGAUGUUUUCAAUCUUUAUCAUGUAAUAAACUGAAUGUUUGGUUUGUUUAUUUGAUUGUUUUUGUACCAACAAUCUGGAUUUUCUUUAGAUUUACCCCAUCAGAUGUUUUUUCUGUUGGAUGUCAUCACAGUUGGUGCCUUUGUAAAGCUGCAGCUUCCUCCUGAACACGAAUGGAAAGUGAACCGCUGACCGUUGAUGAUUUGGAUUGUAUGAUGGAGUAUCACCAUGACUUGUAUUGUUUUGAUUUCCAUUUUCAAAGAAGUUUACAAUACAUUUAGAAAAUAAAGUCAAAAUGUAAGUUUUGAG